GUGGUGUGGAAAUGGCGGACAACAGUUUGGCCGACAGUGUUGUGGACGACUUUGCGUACCUUUUGGUCGAUUCGAGCGCUUCUCUCACUUCGAAAAAGUUCGCCAAAGAUAUCGAUGCGGUUGUGACGCGCGCCAAGAGCUCAGGCGUUCAGAAGAUCAUAAGUCGCGCGACUUCUGUCCACUCGAGUCGCGAGGCGUUGCGUUUGUGUCGUCUCUAUCCGGGGCUGAGCGCUCACGAGAGCCGUCUCUGGACGCCGGACUCCGAGCGCGAGAUUCUCGAAGUGAUCCGAAGCCCGGAAUGCGUGGCUUUCGGCGAAACUGGAGUCGACUUCUCGCGCGACUUUUCCCCAAAACAAACGCAACUCCAGGUGUUUGAGAAACAGUUGCAAAUGGCGACACAUCUCGCGCUCAGCGACAACAUCGUUAAACCCGUUCUCGUCCGGGAAGUGAACGCCCACUCCGAGUGCGCAACUCUUCUGCGCGCGUACUCUUCGGCGCAAAUUGUGAUGCAAUUGCGCGGAAGCCGCGAUCACGUGACGGAAUACCUGCAACGCGGCGCUUACAUCGCUGUGUCGGGUCUGGUUCUCAAAGACAAGACGGAAGAUGGCGUUCGCAGCGCUUUGAGAGACAAAACUCUGCCUUUGAAUCGUUUGCGUGAGUAUUGCACCAAAACUCGAGUCGCGCUCGAGACUCAACUCGAGCCCUCUCUCUCUCUCCCUCUGGCAGUGCUCUACUCCGACAGCCCCUACGCCUAUCCUAACGUGAAGGCGGCUGAACAGACGCUGAAACGCCGUUCGCUGGGAUUCCUGAACCGGUACUGUACGUUCCAGCGGAACGAGCCGUGCUCUCUGGCCGCCACUCUGGAGAGCGUCUCUGCGCUCAUGAACUCCGGCGCAGAAGACGUCGCUCUGAACACGACUUUUAACGCUUUGAAAGUGUUUUCUUUGAAAUGUUGAAAAUAAAACAAAGACUCGAUUAUUGA